CAAGAAGAGGUAGUCAUCAUGUCGGAGGCGAAUUCAUUAAUUGAAAUUCCCCGUAGCGAUUGGACUAAAUUGCGAGAUUUGUAUGUCCAUAAAGUUACCGAUCCUCACGGCUUUCCAUGCUUAAAUAAUUUUAUCAUGUGGGUCGAGAAUGAUCCAGAACUGAAAGUUACAUUCCUAUCAUUAAAUGGCGACUGGCAAAAAGAUGGAACCUUUGUUUUAACUGUGGAUUUGGGAACACGUCUUAAGCACUUGUACUUUAACACUCUUGGCGACAAUUUGGAUCGUUUGACAAAAGCUCUAGAAUGCUUGAACUCCUUUGAGAAUAAAUAUAUCUUUUAUGGAUUUGGUUCCCGGCUGAAACCUGCGGUAGAACAUAUUGGCAGAAAAUAUUACACCAAAGAACUGUUUAUGGUGGAAUCCAUUUGGUAUAGUGCAAGCAAAGAACUUGUUGAUUCUUUUACUAUUGAAGUUCCUUCUGGAAUAACUCUUUUAAACUUGGCUCCCGAAGACGCGGAAACCAUUAAUGAAAUUUGGCCACAUCAUGCACCCGGCUCAAUAAACUUUGUAAGAAGUUUAAUAAAGAAUAAUGUACAUUUAGGAGCCUAUGAUGACAACGGAAAAUUGGUUGCCUGGUGUUUGAGAUUACCGAUCGGGUCCUUGGGCCUGUUGCAGGUCUUAGAAUCGCAUAAACGCUUGGGGCUGGGCAGCUUAUUGGUGAAAUCGAUGGCCAAGAAGAUUUCCGCAAUGGGAGAUAAAGUUCUGUCACCAGUGGUCACUGAAAACACAGCCUCUAGGGGGAUGUUUGAGAAAAUUGGCUUUCGAUAUAUAGGCACCAUAUGUUGGGCCUAUUAACAAUAUUAAACUAAUCUGUUUAAACGCAACAUACAAU